AUGUCAAACCAUUGGCUACGAGCUAAUGGUGAUCAAGAAUAUGUCGAAUCGAUCACAGCACAGAGUAAUCGUAAAGAGUCAAUCACAACAGUAAAGAAGGCAAUCAAGGACUGUCUACAAUAUCACUUUGAGAACAACAAACCAAUAACAGAGUCGAAUCCACUACUCACUCCAUUAUGUCAACAUAUCGAAGCAUUCAUAGCACAUAAGUUCAAGGUCAAGAUAAUCAACUCUACAACAUUCUCACUUUGGAAGAUAGUAUUGAUGCUGCCACAUCUAAAGUAUGAUCAUGCUGGCAAUCAUCAACGUGUUAUAAAGUGGCAGGAGGAGUUUGAAUAUAUCAAGAGUCUGAGUGAGGUGUCCACGGACAUUGGCAAGCUACGCGCAUUCAUUCGACGAUGUCUGAAUGAGGCGACGCUCAACAUUGCCAUCAACAUCAUAACGACCAAUCAGGAGAUACUCAAACAUCACUACGAUGACGAUAGUAUACUGCGCUUCAAGGAUGACGCCGAUCUGUUCCGACUGAUGUUGGUGCCGCUCGAAACCAUCCCCUUCCAGAUCGACUACAACGACGCCACUUUGGACGCGAUCUAUUAUGAGAGCCCUUCGCCACUGGCCUCACCACAGACAUCACCGGCACUCUCAUACGUAUCAACAUCAAACAGUAACAAUCUUGUGGCGACUACAGGACCGGCCAAGAAAAAGAAGAUCAAGUCAUUGACUAGAGUGAUCGAUUUGAAUGGAGGCGAUGGUGGCGAGGCCGUCGUCGAGAGCGAACAGACGUCAGCUGACACGAUUGCACGUGGCAAGAAUAGUACAACGACCACCACAACCAUCGUCGAUGAGAAGACUGGCAAGACCAAGAUCAUCAAGAAGAUCAAGAUCACAAAGAAGGUGUUGAAGAGCAGUGUGGACAACACGAAUGGCAAUGGCGCUAGCAAUGGCAAUGGAUCAUUAACAUUGAACGGUAGCAGUAAUGGCACGAGUCCAUUAUUGCAGUCGUCAUCUGAUAUGGACACCCCCACUACACCACCGCCACCUACCACACCAACGACAUCAUCUCAGUCUGAUUGGCCUGCCCCAGUCGACCUCAAUCUAAGGGAGAGCUCGGAUAGCAGCAAUGGUGGAGGCAGUCGAGAGAACAGUGGAUUCAGGAAUGCCAGCAUUAUUGGAUCGGAGCUGUUGGCCAAGGUACAGAACAUAUCUCUGCCCGACUUUAGCUCCAAGUUCUCAUCAUUGUUCACAUCAAACAAGUCUUUGCCAGUGCCAUCUACCAUCACAGAGGAGAGUGAGGGCGAGCUGAGGCAGGACGAGGAGCAGCAGCCAGUAGUCGAGAGCACAACAACACCAGUAUCAACAACAAUGGACGAGGUGAAUGAACAAAGCGCGCAAGAUACUAUCAUCACAAAUGAUGAACCAUCAUUAUUGAUCAACCAAGAUUCAGAACAAUCAACUACAAUGGAGCAACAAUCACUUACAACAGAGACACUGCAGGAUAAUUUUGAUGAGCCCGAGGUUGUUCAGGUGGAGUCCAUUUCACAUUCCAUAGAACAAUCUGAUGUGGCUGCUCUAGAGCUGGUGCAAGAUAACCAGAGCGAGCAUGUUGAGGAGGAGCCAGCAACAGUGGAGCAACCAAUCGAUGAUAUUAGUGUUCCCACAGUUACGGUUACAGAGGACAUCAUCGAGGAGGAGACAGCAUCAGAGGUUAUGAUCGUCAGUGAGGAUAGCCCAUCAAUUGAGAUCAGCUCAACAACCGAUGGUAAUCAAGAUAACGAACAACAGGAGGAUAUCAAGCACGAGGUUGAGGAGGUUGAAGAGGUUGAGGUUGAACCAUCUUCACAUGGUCCAAUCAAACAUGAAGAUGAGCCUGAUGCACCAAUGACAACUACUGUAGAGGAGCCAAUUGAACAACAGGUGGACAAUGUACCACUUGACGAGGAGACAGUCGUAGAAGAGGCUAUAUCCACAAUCAUUGUGACAGACACAUCCUUGGAGGAUGUUGGCGACACAGCUCCAACAAUUGUCACGCAAGAAGUUUUGGUGCAACAAGAGUCACAGAUCAAGAGCUCAACGGACUCUGCAGAGUUCAAUGAGUUGCUAAACAAGAUUGAGCAUUUGGAUGACAGCGACUUUAGCAAUGGUGUCACGCCAACUCAAACAGUGCCACCAUCACCAGAGAUUGUAGCCAUCAUCUCGGAACCAACUACGCCAUCACCUUCACCAUCAGCAUCAAUCGAAAUCAAUCACAUUAUUGAUGACAACAACAACAACAAUGUUGUUGUGGAGGCACCUGUCUUGGCACUGACCGAGGAACCAAAAUCAGAGCCAAGCAAUGAGUUGUCAUUGGAGGAGGAGGUGGCAGCAUAUGAGCGACGUCAAAGGGAGGCCAGUCCAGGCGUGGUCGGACUGAAUGGCACAUCAAUCACACUAUCAUCAAACAUUAUAUCGAUGGAGGAGCAGCAGUUCCUGCUGGAUCAAGUGGAUCGCAUGGAGAGCUUGCUGAGUCAGCGCGACGAGAUGAUCGAGGAGGACACCAUCAGGAAGGAGAGGACCAACAGCAGUCUGCCAAUCAUGGAGAUCCCAUCAUUGUCACACUCACAGGACGACCAACAUCAGGACAUGGAAGCUAUCCCAUCAGAUAGAUACUCGACAUUCUCUGCACACUUUACACCGGCCAACAACUCGUCCGAGGGACACUCGAUGACUGAUGAUAUUGAGAACCUGGACGAGAUGGAGCCCACCGAUGACACACCAUCGGCCAGGAGACACGAUAUGUUUGUUGUUAUCAAUGAUUACAUGGAUGACGAGCAACUGACCGCUGUGGCGAGCACGACGGCCGAGCGAAGGAGAUCAUCGUCGUCAGCAUCGUCAUCAUCCUCAUCGACAUCAUCAUCGCCCAACUACAUCACCCAGCCGCCACCACAACAGCACUCUGGCGCCAUUAUCGAGGAGAUUGAGCUGCCGCACAACUACGCGCAUACAUCAUCGUCCAACCCAUACAUCAUGAAUGACUCGGCGCCACCUGUCAUCCCGCCCAUACCCGACCCCAAGACAUUCAAGUGGGCACCCUUGCGCAGGAAGCUCUACUUCAACAUCCCCGUGCAACUCACCAUCAAGCAUCAAGGCAACAUGUGUGCCGGCUGCAGUCGCGACCUCUCUGGCUACUUCACCACGUCACGCUACUGCGAGUACAGUGGCAAGUUCUUCUGCACCAACUGCCACAACAAGACGCAGUGGUACAUACCGGCACGCAUCAUUACCAACUGGGACUUCAAGCAGUAUCCCGUGGCCAACUUUAGCUACGCGUUCCUGAUGGACAUUGCCAGAGUGCCCCUGUUUGAUAUUGCCACGAUCAAUCCGCGACUGUACAGAAACAAUCAAUUGCUACGCAUGCGCAACCUGCGUCGCCAGAUGUACUUCCUCAAGGACUUCCUCAAGUCGUGCACGGCGGAUGGACCCUCACUCCUCGGCAUGCUACACAGCAAUGAUUACCUCGCCUCAGACGUUGACUUUUAUUCCUUGGCCGACCUUGUACACUACAAACAAUUGUUAGAAUCACUUCGAGCUAUUGUUGCCAGGUGGCUCAAUCAUGUAGAGUCAUGUCCAUUGUGUCAAGCUAAAGGAUCAUAUUGUGAGUUCUGCGAUAGCAAGGAGACGAUAUAUCCUUAUAAUAUUGCAAAGGUUACACAAUGCAAGUCAUGCCAGAGCAUCCAUCACAAGGAUUGCUUCGAUAAGAACAAGUGUCCAAAGUGUCUAAGAGUGGCCAAACGCAAGAUCCUACAGAACUUUGAGAAGGCCAGGAUCAUGGAACGUGAUUCAAAGAUGUCCAAUGUAAUAUAG